UAAAGUUGAUAUCGUUCUAUCCUAACUAUGGCACGUACUAAGCAAACRGCUCGUAAGUCGACUGGUGGAAAGGCUCCUCGUAAGCAAUUGGCUACUAAGGCAGCACGUAAGAGUGCUCCUGCUACUGGUGGAGUUAAGAAGCCUCAUCGUUACAGGCCUGGAACUGUUGCUCUUCGUGAAAUUCGUCGUUAUCAAAAGAGUACUGAACUACUCAUCAGGAAAUUACCGUUUCAACGACUCGUUCGUGAAAUUGCUCAAGAUUUUAAAACCGAUCUUCGUUUCCAAAGUUCAGCAGUGAUGGCGCUUCAAGAAGCUAGUGAAGCUUACUUGGUUGGUUUAUUCGAAGAUACUAAUCUUUGUGCUAUUCAUGCUAAACGUGUUACCAUCAUGCCCAAAGAUAUUCAAUUGGCUCGACGAAUCCGAGGAGAAAGAGCUUAAAUAAUACUGAAAUUCAGUCCACCGGCCCUUUUCAGGGCCAACACAUUAUUAAUAAGAGGUUCAAUCUGAUUCAAAAAUAUAAUAUAAAACCACUUUUCAAUUUAGUUACAUUGGUAGAUGCAAUUUCAACAAGGUAGAAUUAAUAUAUUUACCCAUAGUAAAUAAUGUUUAGUUAGAUAAAAUUUCGCAAUUCGUUGACUUUUAAAUUAUAAAUUUGUUUACUGCUAGUAGUCAGAUUAAUUUAUUAAGCUCUAAACUAGACGUAUUAUUUAAGUAAUUCUGCGUUAUUUUCAUACUUAACUACUUCGGAUGUAAUUUUA